AUGAGGGUUUUAAUAAACAAAGUGGUUUAUCUGAAAACUCUGGACCUUCCCAAGGCCCAAGUGGAGCUUAUGCCAACUGUCCAGUACGGCCAAGCAUCACAUGAAGGACACAACUUUGGGUCAGGCGUUGUCUCAAGUGGAGCAAUUGAGAUCAUUGACACAGUCGAGCCAUCCCAGCAGCAGCCAGGACCUUCCUCCGCUUUCCAGUAUGGUACGUUGAAUCUUCCCUCGCCGCAUGGUGGAGAUGGGGUUAAGUCAGGUAAUGGCUUAUACCGUGUACCAGGGAUGUAUUACUCAUCCAAGCCAUCCCAUGAAGGGCCAGGCUCUAAUCCCCAUAUUAAGUGGGAUGCUCCCCUUGGCUCUACACAGAGUUCUCACAACUUGAACAAACAAAUGACUGGUCCUAGACCAGUUGCUGCUGGAUAUAGCACCAUAAGACAGCAGUCUGGCCAACAGGCUAAUCCGGUACAGCAGCCAGCUUCCUCCAGUGGUCACAUCCCCCAGACCAAAGCUGGUAUGUGGAAUCUUCCCUCACCGCAUAGUGGAGAUGGAGUUAGGUCAGGUAAUGGCUUAAACCGUGUUCCAGGGAUGUAUUCCUCAUCCAAGCCAUCUCAUGAAGGGCCAGGCUCUAAUCCCCAUAUUAAGUGGGAUGCUCCUCUUGGCUCUACACAGAGUUCUCACAACUUGAACAAACAGACUGGUCCUAGACCAGUUGCAUCUGGAUAUAGCACCAUAAGGCAGCAGUCUGGCCAACAGGCUAAUCCGGUACAGUGGCAGCCAAGCUUGCCUGCCAAACCACAGCCAGCCACCUCAGAUGUUCACAUCCUCCAGACCAAUGCUGGUAUGUGGGAUCUUCCUGCACCAUUCAGUGCCAAGAAGCAGCUCAGUGCUACUCAGGUGAAUACCCUACCAAAACCAUACCAGAAGCAACCAGGCUCCCUGAAAACUAUAGUACAACAGGUGAAAGGCGGUGUGCGGGAUGAUGCCCCUCGGUCAAGCAGACGGCUGAAUGUUGAGACACAGAAUUCUAAACCAGUUCCUGUAGCAUCACUCUACAACUAUGAAGGCCAGCGGCCGCAGCUGAGGUCCAUGCACAACAGAAAUCGUCAACCUCUGGCACUUUAACUGUUCUUGACCUUCUGUUGCUGGCCAUCUUAAUUCAAUAAACAACUGCA